GCCGCCGACUCUUGCAACUGGAAUAUUGAUCGCUGCAAUGCCUCUGCUUCGCCCUCUGCUGCGUCUCUCGCUGCUCCUGGCCGCCGUUUUGCCCUGCCUCGCCAACAGCAGUUGUCCUUCGCCCUUCAAGUCCUACGGCUCUAAGGGAUGCCUGCUGGUCGUCCCCGGGAGCCGGCCCUUAACAUGGCACAGUGCCAGAAGCGAGUGCCAGGCCAAGGGAGGCGAUCUGGCAGUCCUGGACGAGGUGGAGAAAUUCAAGGCCCUGUCAGCGGGGAUUGACAAAGAAUAUCCAAACAUGACCAAGGGCGGCUUCACCUUCUGGGUCGGAGCUGAACGCGUCGAUUCCUCCUGGCGCUGGACUAAUGGCGAGCCGGUGGAGCCUAAUGCGGAGCUGUGGGUGGCCGGUCAGCCUUCUCCCGGUAGCAGUGCCAACGCUGCUAUCAUGGUCCCUGCCGGAGGUUCUGAAGGGCGGCGCUACCUCACCAACUUCAACCCGGAUACCUUUGCCCCUGCUUUCAUCUGCGAGAAGUUCUAGGUUCGAGGGAAGUUCUAGGUUUGAGGGAAGUUCUGUUGGUGCGGAGGGAUUUUGUAAGAUGUUCUGUGUGGAAUUCUAUGAGAAGUUUUGUUGGAUGUUCUUUUAGAGCUAGGAAGGAAUUAUUAAUAAUAUUGAAGUUUUGUUGGAUGUUCUUUAAGAGCUAGGAAGGAAUUAUUCAUAAUAUUGAAGUUUUGUUGGAUGUUCUUUAAGAGCUAGGAAGGAAUUAUUAAUAAUAUUGAAGUUUUGUUGGAUGUUCUUUAAGAGCUAGGAAGGAAUUAUUAAUAAUAUUGAAG